UGUUGUUCGAGUAUAGUUUUUUUAUUAUUGAUAUUUUUUAUUAACACACAAUCUGUGAAUUAUGUCCACGCGCUGGUAUCCUAUUUAUCAACGUGGCAAUCCGCAGUUGCGCGUCUUUUUGCCCAACUUUUGGAUGAAGCUGGUGCGACCCACAGAGGAGCAGCCGGCAAAUAUUGUUACCUUUGCCGUGUCCACGGAAAUGACCAAGCACGAUGUGAAAAACUAUUUGGAAAAGAUUUACAAAGUGCCCGUGGUGGAUGUUCGUACACGUAUUGCGCUUGGCGAGACCAAACGUGAUCAAACCUACGGCUAUGUGACCAAACAAGACGACGUUAAAUUGGCUUAUGUAACCAUGCCGAAAACCGAAGCAUUUACUUUUCCGGAUCUUUUUGCGAAUAAAGCGGAACAACAGGAGAAGGACGAAAAGUCAAUGGAUGAGUCGAAGGCGGGCUUUCGCAAGUUUUUGGAGCGCAACAAGAAGCGACCCGGUACACCGGGCUGGUACUCUAUUUAGGCUUUUAAGUUAUAUAUAGCUUAAGUAGUUUGCAACGAAUAAUAACAUUUAUUUUGAAAAACCCA